AUGCUAUUUUGUUAAGAAGGUGAUCACCAAUAAUCUGAAAUAAUAGGUGUUUGCUUAAAUAAUGUAUGUUCUAAAUAAGGAUUGUGUUGUUUUUAUUGCUUUAAAAUGUUUCAUCUAAAUCACAUACAUGAUAUAAUGAAUUUCAAGGAUUUUAUUAAUUGGAAAAAAAGAAAAGAAUAGACUUUUAAUAUAUUCAAAGAAAAUAUUAAUUAAUUAUAAUAAUGUACAAAGUUGUUAUCAGAUUUCAUAAGUGAAAUAGUGAUAAUUGAUGAAUAAGUUGAAAAUUAGAGUUAUUAGAAUCUAACUAAGGAAAUAAAACACUUAAUUAUAAUAGAUUAAUUAGAAAAAUCAAUUAUGAAUAAAUUAUCUGAACUUGCUUCUUUGAUUCCUCCACUUAAAUUAGAAAUAUAAUAAUUAAAAUCUUCAAGAGGUAUUUAUAUAUUUUAAAAAGGUUAAUACUAAAUAAAGAAUGAAUCAUUUUCAGGAUCUAUUGAUUGUAUAUCUCAAUAAGGUUAUUCUGAAGAAAGAAUAAUAUAAAUUGAUUCCAUAGUGAUUCCUAUUUAAAAAUAAUAAUUAAACUUUACAUUCUCAAAUAAAAAUAAGCAUGAAGAUAUUUUAAUUAGUUAUCAAGGUAAAGAAGCAAAAAGUUCAUCUAUUUUCAUAUAAACAAGAUAUGUUAUUUGUAAUGAAUUGAUAACAGAAAAUUCAUUUGCUAGAAUCAAAGUUUAAUGUGGUGAAUCUGUAUCAAUUGGUGUUUGUUUAUAAAAUAUAACUUUUCAAUAAAUGAAACCUUAUGAAGCAAUUUUAGAUGGGUAUAUUUAAUUUUUCAUAUAUCAAGUGCAUAUAUUUUAAAUAAUGAAGGAGUUAUAACAACAUAUCCAAAAGACCUUAAGUAUUCUGAGUAAAAAUUUUGUGGAAUUGGUUUUGGUGAUAUUAUUAUUGUAGAAGUAAAUAUGAGAGAUAAAAAAAUAACAUGGAUUAAUAAAACAGCAAAAAACAAAAUAUUUGUAUUUUUUAUUUUUUUUUAUUAGAAUUUAAUUAUAAAUGAAAAUGUUUAGGGACUAUAUUUUAUUUUUGGUUUAACAAGUAAUGUAUUUGACAGUUCUUUUUUGAAAAUCAUAUGA